CAACGUUUUAUCCUGUACUGCUGUCAUAUGAAAUCUCGCGGUAGGACUCCACUUAGAUCACUACGUAAUGUGCCGUGCUGCUUCUAGCGGCGCUGGUGACAGUGCUGAAAGCUGUUGGGUAUGAAGUGAAACGGAACUGAAUUUUUUUUUGUACUAUCCGCAACUGCUUCUUCAAGUUCAGAUCACAACGAAGAAACAAAUUCAAGAGAAACAUCCCAAAAUGAACAAAGUCGCAACAACUCAAUAAAAGGAAAGGCUCACUUCAAAGGAAAAUAUAGAAGCAAACAAAACGAAGAAACAACCAAAGACAAGAUACACAGCUGCCCAAUCGAAACACGCUCAAGAGAAACUAUCCUUUGCCAAAAUUGCAAACCCGAGAACAUAACUGAUCUGAGACCAGAAGUUUGUGCCUACUCAACAGCUUUGACAAAGCACACGUCCCAACGCUGCUCCCAGCCCUCCUCACCUCACCGCACCACCGACUCACCCCGGGGUGCUUAGAGGGCUGCUGUCUGCUAGUUUUUUUCCUUCUCAUCCCUUUAGCUGUCUCUCUAUCUCCUUGUGCUCUGUUCAUUUUGUUGAUUUCAAGCAGUGUUAUUGUACCUGCGUUUGCCUCCUUUUUUAUUUUUUAUAUAUGCAACUUAUAUGCAGAACUUGUGCCAGAAACCUGCAACAAAUACGUGGGGGGUGUGUGUGUGUGUGUGUGUGUGUGUGUUUUGAAGAGAAGAUCUGCAACAUCUGCACAGUCGUUAACGUUCAAGACCACACCUUUUAAGACGCCAAAUCAAGACAUCUACUGGGUGGUUUUUAAAAAAGAGGAAAAAUAACUAGAAAAAGCAAGGCUUUCAAGCAAACCAGUAAUCAAGUACAACAAAGGGGUGGAGUUUGACUCAAGUUUAUGGAAAAAUAUGUGCAGCCCCUGGAAAGGCUUUGUCGAGUUUACCUUGCCCGCUUCGCCGCCUGCCGCGUUCGUUAGCGCUGACCUGAGCAGCACCUCCCCCGUCGGACUCAGCCUGUCACCGUACGGCCGAUCCUGUGACCCAGUCCUGACCCCACUGUCGGAUAUGGAGAGAGUGCACUCUGAACCCCCUUUGGCACGUAAUACUGCCUCUGCCACCUCUGUGGUGGCUAUCCCCCGCUCGUUCUCGGUUUCCCACAAAAAACACAAGCGGACACCCCUGUAUCGGAGAUCAAUGAGUUUUGACCCUGGCAUGCUCCACAAUGGGCACACUGCGUUUGCCAAUGGCACAGCGGUGGGCAUCAGGGAGACUGGCGUGGUGGAGAAGCUGCUCACCUCCUACGGGUUCAUCCAGUGCUCGGAGCGGCAGGCGCGCCUAUUCUUUCACUGCUCCCAGUACAACGGCAACCUGCAGGAGCUCAAGAUAGGAGAUGAUGUGGAGUUUGAAGUUUCCUCAGACAGGCGUACUGGCAAGCCCAUAGCAGUGAAGCUGCUUAAGAUCAAACCAGAGGUGCUUCCAGAGGAGCGCAUCUCGGGCCAGGUGGGGCCAGACUCGCACGCCUCUCCAUUUACUGUGCUGCAUGGUUAUAUUCAUCCAGUCGUCUCAGCGAUUCCUACUCACCUGGAUGGCAAGUCUGCUCCAGGGCAGGUGCCCACUGGCAGUGUGUGCUAUGAGAGAAAUGGGUAUGGAUUCCUUCCCACGCAGGAGGUGUUUUACUUGACCUACACCCCAGACGACAUAGAGGGCAACAUGCACCUGGACACGGGAGACAAAGUCAGCUUCUACAUGGAAACCAACAAGCACACCGGUGCAGUCAGUGCACACAACAUUGUCCUGGUUAAGAAGAAACAGAUGAGGUGCCAGGGGGUUGUCUGUGCCACCAAGGAGGCCUUUGGGUUCAUUGAGAGGGCUGAUGUGGUGAAGGAGAUCUUCUUCCACUACAGCGAGUUCAAGGGCGACCUGGAGGCCCUGCAGGCCGGCGACGACGUGGAGUUCACCAUCAAAGAGAGAAACGGGAAAGAGGUGGCUACUGACGUGAGGCUGCUCGCCCAGGGGACAGUCAUAUUUGAGGACAUCAGCAUCGAGCAGUUUGAAGGCACUGUUAUCAAGGUCAUCCCUAAAGUUCCAACCAAGAACCAGAAUGAUCCACUACCAGGCCGCAUCUGUGCCAGGAUCAGUUACACAGACAAGGAGCUCCUGUUUGGUGAGAAGGACACCAAGUCCAAAGUGACCCUGCUGGAAGGCGACCAUGUGCAGUUCAACAUUUCCACGGACCGUAGGGACAAGCUGGAGCGGGCCACCAACAUCGACAUCCUGCCUGAUACCUUCCACUUCACCAAGGAGUCCCGUGAGAUGGUAAGGACCCUGAGGAGAUCCAUGGGUGUGAUCGCUGCCAUGCGCGACGGCUUUGGCUUCAUCAAGUGUGUGGACCGGGAUGCCAGGAUGUUCUUUCACUUUAGCGAGGUCCUGGAGGAAAGCCAGCUGCACAUCUCUGACGAAGUCGAGUUCACCGUUGUGCCCGUGAGUCCAGGGAAAAAAUCCAUGGACAUGCUGUCUGCCCAGAGGAACCACGCUGUGCGCAUCAAGAAGCUGCCUAAAGGCACAGUGUCCUUCCAUACCCAGUCUGAGCAGCGCUUUGUGGGUGUGGUGGAGAAGGAGGCCACGGCAGCCAUCACCAACAACAAGAGCGCAAGCCCCAGCAAGGCCAAAGAGAAGAAAAAAGACAAGGAAGCAGAAGAGGGAGUGAUUUCUUAUGAGGACUGUGGAGUGAAGCUGACUGUGUCGUACCAUGUCAAAGAUCUGGAGGGAGCUGCCCAGCCACAGGCAGGAGACAAGGUGGAGUUCUCCAUCAAUGAGGUAAAGAGGACAGGCCAGCAGAGCGCGGUCACCAUUAAGAUCCUCAACCGCACAGUCAACACCAAAAGGCUGCUGGGAUACAUUGCCACGCUGAAAGACAACUUUGGGUUCAUUGAGACGGCCAAUCACGAUCAAGAGAUCUUCUUUCACUACAGUGAGCUGUGUGGAGACAUGGAGAACCUGGAGCUGGGUGACACUGUGGAAUACACCCUGUCCAAGGGCAAAGGAAACAAAGUCAGUGCUGAGAAGGUUAUGAAGAUGGCAGCAGUGAAUAGUGUGGGACAGGAUGUUGGUGAGGCGGUGAUGCUGGGAAAGGUGGUGCGCCCUCUGCGUAGUGUGGACCCGUCGCAGACAGAGUACCAGGGGCUCAUCGAGCACUCAGAGGAAGAGGGCAUGAAGGGCCAGAAUUACUCAUUUGGCAUCAUGGGCAUGACAAACAAGGCAGACUGUCUGCAGAAAGGAGAGCUGGUGAAGUUCCAGCUGUGCACAGUGGCCCAGACGGGACAGAAGAUGGCCUGCAACGUUGUCCCCCAACGCAAAGCCUUGGUGGAGUGCGUCAAGGACCAGUUUGGUUUCAUCACAUAUGAAGUUGGUGAGAGUAAGAAGCUGUUUUUCCAUGUCAAAGAGGUGCAGGAUGGCUUGGAGCUCCAGACUGGGGAUGAGGUGGAGUUCUCAGUCAUUCUCAACCAACGCACAGGGAAAUGUAGUGCCUGCAAUGUGCGCAGAGUCAGUGAAGGGCCUAAACCGGUGGCAACCCCCCGUCCCGAUCGUUUGGUCAACCGGCUCAAGAGCAUCACCCUGGAUGACUCUAGUGCCCCCCGCCUAGUAAUUGUGAGACAGCCCCGUGGCCCUGACAACUCAAAGGGCUUCAACGUGGAGCGGAAGACUCGUCAACCGGGUGUAAUUGACUGAACAGUAUAUACCCCGUCUGGAAUAGGUGGGCCCAGAUUUAGAAAUGCAAUCCCAGAAUGGAGGACAACAAUGGAAAGGGAAUUUUGCUGUCUUGCAGAAACAUGCUCUUACACACAUACAUACUCUUGACAGGCACACAGAAAUAAGCAUGUGUAACACCUCUCCCUGUUCCAUCACCUGCAAUGGAACCCUCUCAUUCCAUUUGUUCCCUGCCACCCACAUAUGUACUUGAUACGGUUUCAUACUGCAGUAUACAUUGCAGGUUUCUCUUCUGAGUGUGUGUGUGAUUGUUGUGCAUAAGGUGUUUUAGAAAUGGUAGAAGUUACAGAGGAUUUGUUUUAAAGGGUUUCUGCUCCCCUUAAAAUCAGAGUGCUGGUUGUGUGGCAUUGUCUUGUCCUCAUCUUUGCUGAAUCUGCUUAAAUGUCUGGAAUUCUGCACCUGCAACCUGUUGUGUAUGUGGAUAUGUGUGAGUGUGGGCAUGUAUUAGAGCUCACCUGCUUCUUCCAUUUGCUCUCCCUCAUUUAAGGAAACGAAAUGAUUCUCAUUUGCCAAUGGUUUCCAGUAUGCUUUCCUACAAAAUGGAUAAAGCAAAGUUCCCUUCAUAAGGAGGAUCCUGUUUUUCAUAUGUGUGGGCUAAAACACGGAGGCUAUUUCUCUGCUCGGUUUUUUGAGCAGUUUUGAAACACUUUAUCCAAGAGCUGGAGUGAAAGCAUGGUGUUGUGAUGUAUGUGAAUGUUUAAGUGACUAUGAUUAGGAUUUACUUUGACAAAUCUGGAGCAUUUCAAUACCUUUUCAGUAUUCACACGCUCCAUAAGCAAUUUCCCCAGGUGCAGAAUUCCUAAUGGCAUCUUAUAUCCAGCAGUUAUUUUAUACAAUGUAUUCUUUCUUUUUUUUGCACAUAUUUCUUUUUUUGUUCCAUUGAAUCUCUAUCUGCUAAUUAAUAAAAUGAAGUAAAAAUAAGGUGCCUAAAAACUACAAAGAAUACAAAAAAAUUAGAUGUAUCCUCUGACCCCAGCCAACCACCAAACUAUUAACAACAAUCUUGGGAUGGCUUUUUUUUUCUAGUAGAAAUAAUACUGGUCUGCAUCCCAAAUACCUGUGGGUGGAAAUAUACUGUAUGUAAUGUGUGCUUUUUUUCUUAGUGAAAGAUUAAAACAUCACAAUAUAACAAAAAUAAAUUUUACUUAAGUAAAAUAGGGGGAAAAGUUAAAAGUAUUAGAAUUAAUCUUAAGGAUCAGGAUAUCUAUUAUUGUGCUUUAGUGGCAUUGGUGGGUGAUCUGUUGUGCCUGAAUGCACAUAUGGGAGUUAGUCUAAAUGAAUUUAAACUGGCGAUCACUGGGUUCCUCCUGAACUGCAUAGAGGCUCUCCUAUGUACUUUUGUUAAUGGUCUUGAAUGAAACAAUUGAAUUAAAGUUUUAUGAAAAUUA